AAAAGUGGAAUCGUGAGUAAACAAAGAGAAGAAAGCUGAGCAAACAGUCUGCAUUGUGAACACAGCUUCCACAGGGGUUACAAUGGUGAGUGAAAGUCAUCAUGAGGCCCUGGCAGCCCCGCCAGCGACCACAGUAGCAGCAGUUCCUCCAAGCAAUGUCACCGAGCCAGCCGCUCCUGGAGGAGGGGGAGGAAAAGAAGAUGCAUUUUCUAAGUUAAAAGAGAAGUUCAUGAAUGAACUGAACAAAAUUCCAUUGCCACCUUGGGCCUUAAUAGCCAUAGCCAUAGUUGCAGUCCUAUUAAUCCUUACCUGCUGCUUUUGUCUCUGUAAGAAAUGCUUGUUCAAAAAGAAGAACAAGAAGAAGGGGAAGGAGAAGGGAGGGAAGAAUGCUAUUAACAUGAAAGAUGUUAAAGAUUUAGGGAAAACCAUGAAAGACCAGGCUCUCAAGGAUGAUGAUGCUGAGACUGGGCUGACUGACGGGGAAGAGAAAGAAGAGCCGAAAGAAGUGGAGAAACUAGGGAAAAUCCAAUAUUCUUUGGAUUAUGACUUCCAGAACAAUCAGCUUCUGGUUGGAAUUAUUCAAGCAGCUGAGCUGCCUGCAUUAGAUAUGGGUGGUACAUCUGAUCCCUAUGUGAAAGUGUUCCUGCUGCCUGAUAAGAAGAAGAAAUAUGAAACAAAAGUCCACAGGAAGACUCUUAACCCUGUUUUCAAUGAGCAAUUUACAUUCAAGGUGCCAUACUCCGAGCUGGGUGGAAAAACUUUAGUGAUGGCAGUUUAUGAUUUUGAUCGCUUCUCCAAACAUGAUAUUAUUGGGGAAUAUAAGGUUGCAAUGAACACGGUGGACUUUGGCCAUGUGACUGAGGAGUGGAGGGACUUGCAAAGCGCAGAGAAAGAGGAGCAAGAAAAGCUGGGUGAUAUCUGCUUCUCCCUCCGUUAUGUGCCUACUGCCGGAAAGCUGACUGUUGUCAUUCUGGAGGCAAAGAACCUGAAGAAGAUGGAUGUCGGUGGUCUGUCAGAUCCCUAUGUGAAAAUCCAUCUGAUGCAAAAUGGUAAGAGGCUGAAGAAGAAAAAGACAACAAUUAAAAAGAAUACUCUGAAUCCCUACUACAAUGAGUCUUUCAGCUUUGAAGUACCAUUUGAGCAAAUUCAGAAAGUGCAAAUUGUUGUAACUGUUUUGGACUAUGACAAGAUUGGCAAGAACGAUGCCAUCGGGAAAGUCUUUGUGGGCUACAACAGCACUGGAGCAGAGCUGAGGCAUUGGUCAGACAUGUUGGCCAACCCCAGGCGGCCCAUCGCACAGUGGCACACCCUACAGCCCGAGGAGGAGGUAGAUGCCAUGCUGGCAGUCAAGAAGUAAAUUAAAUUAAAUUAAAGUACGAAGAAGAAGAAGCCUUUCUGCAUUUGCCCACAUAGUGCUCUUUAGCCAGUAUGUGUAAAUACCUCAGUAAUAUGGGUCCUUUCAUUUCCAGCCAUGUGUUCCUGUCACUGAUCAGUUGUACUUUUAAAUUAAUUCCUGUUUUAAUUUGCACAACUUUAAAUGUAGAGAGCCCUCUAACGGCGCUUCAUUUCACCACUGCCCCCCAGAUCUACUCUUCUUUUAAGCAAUAUGAUGUGUAGAUAGAGCAUGACAGAAAUUAUUUAUUGUAUCACACAGUUGUAUAUAUACACCAGUAUGCUGAGAAUUUAUUUCUAGUUUGUGUAUUUGUAUGUUGUAAGCGUUUCCUAAUCUGUGUAUAUCUAGAUGUUUUUAAUAAGAUGUUCUAUUUUAAAUUAUGUAAAUUGACUGAGAUAUAGGAGAGCUGAUAAUAUAUUAUAGGGUAACUAUUGUAUCGUCUGCAUUCCAGAAAAAAAUUCCAACUUGUAAGGCACUAGUAGUGUUACACUGACAUCUUAAAGGACAACUUAAAUCUGAGCUUUCAACUGGACCAUCCUAAUAACAAGCUACGCAUACACAGUGAAUCUUGGAGGGGCACAUCCAAUUUGGUAGACUUCUUUGACAGGCAACUUAGCAUGAUCUGAGCAGCUCCAUGGCUGACCUCAAGGAGAUGUAGCCAGAAGCCAGGAGAUCAGUUUUUUGUAUAUACUCCAAAGCGCAAACAUUACAGACCGAAAAGGCUUUCGAUUGAAAGUUGAGGAAGCAGUUCCGUAGGAGGCGACAAUUUCAUCUCACGUGAAAGUAAGAACAUUG